AUGCCAAUUCCAUGGUUACCAAACAAACCCAAUCCUUUAACUUCCAUAUCUCUGUUGUUAAAUACAGAUAGAAAUUCAUUCUUGAAUACAUCGAAAUGGAUUGAGGAAGUUCGCACAGAAUGUGGAAGUGACGUCAUAAUUGUUCUUGUUGGGAAUAAGACUGAUCUCGUUGACAAACAGCAAGUAUCAAUCGAAGAAGGAGAUUCCAAGGCUCGUGAGGUUGGGGUAAUGUUCAUUGAAACGAGUGUGAAAGUGGGCUUUAACAUAAAGCCGUUGUUUAGAAAGAUUGAUGCGGCUUUGCCAGGGAUGGAAACCCUUUCAUCAACAAAAUGCGAUAACAUGGUAGAUGUGAAUUUGAAGUCAACAUCCAAUUCACCGAACGUCAAGCAGCAAGGGGGAGGCUGUGCAUGCUAAAAAUUUUAUAACGAACCAUUUAUAGAAGUA